ACCAGUAAAUAAAUAGUCAGCAGUCAUCUCACAGUCAAAAGUGAUUAGGUACUGAGUGUCAAAAAGGUGUCAACUACGAAAAAUACUAAAUCGGCUAAAUCCAAACUUCAAAAUCCUGAAAUCUCAAAUAAAUUUUGAUUUUUGAUUAAAAAAAUAAUAUUUGAAGAGUUUUAUAGGAUCAAAAAUCACAAUGAACAUAACUAUAAAACAACUGCAGGGAGGUGAAUGUGCUUUGGAGGUGUUUCCCACUACAAAGAUACUAGAUAUCAAGCAGCAAAUUGCAACAAAAUUGAAGAUUCCAAUAUUGGAGCAGAAACUGUUACUGUUAGGCAGAGCUCUGAAUGAUGAGCAAACUGUUCAAUCUUAUCCAUCAAUAAAAAAUGGUACAAAAUUAAACUUAGUGGUUAAGAAACCAGAUGGUAUAAUAGAAGCUGCUACAAAGUACUUUAAAUCAGGUGGCAUUACAGAAACUGAGGCUAGAGCCAAAGCACAUAUCUUUGUUAAAACAUUGGAGGACAACUUUGCUAAGCUAUCCUGGGAUGAUAUAGAGAGGCUGUCAAUAGAUUGCAUGUUGGAUGAGAACGGACGACUACUAGAUUCAGAGAAUCAAGAAAACGAAUGCGAUUAUGAUGAAUUUGAGCCAUGAUCAAGCACUAAUUGGCUUUGGGAAUUAGUUGAUCAUUUCUUGUAAUGAUUAUAUUUUGUAGAUGUGGUAAUUAUAGUUAAUUUAAAUAAAAUCAAUGUAUCUUCACUAGCUGUUGUUGCAACUCUGUCUGCAUGUUUUUGACAUUUUUCUUAAAUGUCUUGUCUUAUCUUGCAGCUUCAGCGAACCUCAGUCCCUGUUAUACUUUCAAUGUCAAAUGGUACUAUUAAUUAACGGGAAUAGCCUAGUAAAAUUUUUAAUAUAGAAAUCGAUUACUACUUAUCGAUAUCUUGUAAUUUAGACCAAAUAAACAUUUUGUUCAAUGUCAUAAAUUAGUGUUAAAAUUGUUAAACUUAUAAUAUUGGCCUAAUUAGUCAUGGCACUUCAACUACAAUAGCCAGGGAGAUGUUGGUUCAAAUGAUGCCCAUCCGCGAUUAUUGAAAAUAUCAGUGUUUUAAGACUAGCUUCACUGGCUAGUGAUACUGAUCACCCAAUAUAAAAAGAUUCAUUCAUAUUUAUUGCAUUUAGAGUAUUUGAAAUAAAUGUUUUCAAAUUGUUUACCAAGACAUUGUGUUUACACUUUAGAAUGUAUGUUAGUUUUAGGCAAGCAUAAUUGUUUGUAAAGCCACAAAUAAAACAAGUAGUUAUAUUUCUUAGUUUAUUAAUACAUGUUCAUUUAUUAUAACUAGUAUAAAGUACAAUAUUGAUGGCAAGUUCAUACACAUUUAGUCUCUACUACAGAAUUAAAUGCAAUAUUCUUUGUGA